UUUGACCCCUGAUGGGCGACGGCAGCGGGCGCUCCACGGACUCGAUUGACCUGACGUCGGCGACACCCCUCGAUUAGAGCCGACGCAGCAUGUCGGAGCAGUCCAUCCGCCGACCUGGGCGUCUUCGUGUCAUCUCGAUGCUUUCGAACGGAGUGCUGGAUCCCCACGUCACCCAUUCGUUCCCGGCGUUUAUCGCGCCCGACGCAAAGUCCGCCGAAGCGUUCCUGGAGACACAGCCCAUGGGAUCUUACUUGCUUGUGCACAACAUGUUGCAAGUGUCGUCGUGGUGGCGGCCGUCGGACUUUUCACUGUCCAUCAUGGUGAAGUAUAGAACGCGCGUACAAGUCGCCCACCUCCCGAUCCGAUUCAAAACGUCUAGGUGGAUUUCGCCCAUUCGGCGGUCUGCGUACAUCGAGUGGAGCGAAAACGCCACCCAAGUGCACAAGGCGUACGUGGACCCGACCAUCUACCCGACCCUGCGUGCGUUCUGGGCCGAGUACAUGCUAUUCGUCGGCGAGAAGAUUAGCGAGAUUUGCCAGGACCCGCAAUUGAACGAGCACUGGACCCCGACGACGUCCAUUCCCGCGGCCGUCCGUGUGUUGGGGUAUCCGGUCGCAGACGGCAUUCACGUCGACAUCAUGCAGGAACGUCCCAUUACGAUCCAAUUCAACUUUCAACGGUGCAGCAUCGACGUCCACUUGAACCGACGAAAAAUCUCGCUCGACGGCAGCGUGUGGCGCAUCAAAUACCCGUGGAACAUUCCGUUCGCAGCAAUCAAAGACGUGGCGCUCGGCAACGCGUCGUCGAAACUCCAGUCCAAGUCGUUUGACUUGAUGGCAAUGCCUCGCGGAUCGAAGCUCAAGUACAUUCCAUCGUGCCGCGAGACCGAAGACGAACAUGUCGAGGAAGAACUGCUUCAAGCGCUCCUUGAUCGAACGCAGUUGCAUCAGAACGCCGCCAAGGAGAGCUCUCUCACGGACGUGCUUCAGAUUCUACUGCGCCUUCAACCCGACCAGUCGACGACUCCCAAGCUGUUAGAGUUGCGCUUGGACAUCCUGGGAUUCCUCGUCCAACUGCAGUCCGUUAAUUUGCACGCAGCCAGAGGAUGUUCACGGUCGACGGCGGACCGAGCGGCCGAGUACAUUGUGCAUCUGGCCCGCCAGUACGACGUAGGGUCGAUCGGGUCGGAAAAGAUCGCCCAAGUCAUUUGUCGAGCCAUCCAAGUCAACCCAGACGUCGCGUACUUGUUGACCUUGGUCAGCGCUCUCACAGCCAUUCCGUCCUUCCAAGCAGCAUUUGCGAAGAACCACGGCCCGGCGGAGUUGUGGAGUCGGUGGACCAUCCAGAUCGACGAAGCGCGCCGUGAACUUCCAACGAGUCCGUGUCUGCUGUUCAAUUCAAGUCCGCCCAACGACACGUCCCAGGGUGCUGACCUGCCGGCGAAAUUUCGUGCACCAUCCAUCCUUGCGUCAAAGCAUCGCGCUGCCUACGAGGGGGGAGUGAAGUUUGCUCUCCAUGGAAUAUCGUUCGUCCGUGACGAGUUUGCUCGCCGCUUCCCACACUCCCCCCAGCCUCACAGUGAAUUGUGCGAUGCUGGCGAAGAUGGUCCAGUUUCCACCAAGCUUUUCCUGUUUCGGCUGUCGACAUCAAUCGUCCAACCGCCACCGACGGUGCCUUGCAGCGCAUGCAUGUCGUCGAAGAUACAACUCGCGUUGCAGUUCUUGCGCGCUAUCGAUAAGACCGGUGACGCCAUGGCGGGCAAAGCCGAUUCCACCUGCAUGCACCUGCUCGCGUCCGAGCUCGUGUUCUGGCAGCGCCAGGUCGUCGACUCUUGCUGGCGACGACUCUUUCUUUCUCAGUGGCUUCGCAAGUUUGAAAGUUGGGUACGACUCGAUGAAACGCACACGGUUGUGGACGCGUCGUGGCUUGCGGCAGUCGCCCGUCGCGUCUCCACCGUUGCGACAGGCGGACAUGUCCACAUGCGAAUUUUCUGCCAGCUCCUCGCAAGUCUCCCAGGGCUAUUGGACGAAAAACACACGUCCAGUGAUGAAAGCAAUGCGGCGGUCGCCGUCUUGGUGGAAAUCGUGGCUGGGAUUGCUGCCACGUGGAAGGCCCCAAUCCCACCAACGUAUGUGCAUGCUGUGCUCGAGUUUUGGAGACUUCUGCUGCUGUCCACGGGAUGGCACGCGACAAAGCUCGCGGUGCUCCAUCUCUUUGUCCACUACACGCCAUUGCAUUCCAUCGCAAGCAUGGCACGGCAAGCAUUUUAUGCUCAAGGAGACUGGAGCGGCACGCUCCACGCAGAUUAUUUGAGCUGGCUGUCGGUGAGCCUCCGCUUCCUGGGAUCCCAUGGCACGAAUGUGGAAGGAAAGAUGCUGUACCCGCGGGUGGUCGAUGUUGUCUGGUCCACUCUGCUGGGCAAGUUGGCAUGCCCAGUUCCAGAAGGGGGGUUCGAAGACAUGCAUGCCACGACAGUGCAGCGAUUUCUUCCUCUGCUGCCAUCGCCGGACGACCUCCUGGACGACAUCAAGCGCGGCAACGGCGGCGCCGUGCGAUGGAAAGAGUACUUGAGCUGCCUCCAAUUCAUGCCGGCACCGUCGCUCCCUCCAUCCACACUGACGUGGCAGUUUGCUCACUUUGUGGCGAUGUACUUUCAAGAUCGUGACACGGUGGCGCAGCGCGACCAAUGGGACAACAUCUCCGCGUUGUCCACAUGGAUGGAACGUGCGCUCGUCGACGAGUUUGUGUUAUGUCAGCUCUUUUCAUUUCUCAACACGAUGGCCAGCGCGGUGCCGCAGCUUCCGGUGGUGCACGACCCUUCACAUGCCAUUCGUCACGUUGGAGCUAUGGACAAGCCUUCGAUUGUUCCGCUCUUGCAACUCGACAAAGUGUCGCCCCUGCAGCAUGUGCAAACGCAAGACGUCGUCGUCGACCCCAUGGACGACCUGACGUUUUGGUGUUCGGCUGACAUGUAUGUGGAGUUUGUCCUCUAUUUAUUCAACAUGGUGGUCGCAACCACGGACGAUCGGUCGCUUCAUCCAACGUACUGUGGUCGAUUUGGUGGAUCCAUCAAAGGCUUUGACGCCCUAUUCUGGCUGCAGCUGCGGCUGGACGCUCCGAAAUGCCAGCACGUGGUUCCACAGUUGGCCCUUCGCGUGACAGACUCGAAUCGACGUCGUCUCGAAUCCAAGCUCCGGUUGCUCAAGCUGGCCGCGUCGACCUUGUCAGCCCGAGCCAUAUUUUUUCGAGGCUUCGAUUCCCCGCGGCACGGCGCGUUCGGGACGAUCUACCGGUGCACUUCAGACUUGCCGCUCUUUCGCGUACACUCAAAAACCAUGCGUGAGAGCAUCGCCCUCAAAGUCCUUGCGACGCAAAAGUUCCCGCACGAACGGUCGAUUCUAUACUGUGUCUACAACGAGGUUGCCAUUAUGGAACACCUUCGCGGGAACGGGGCGGCGAUCCAGCUGUAUGACUACGGGCAGUCGAAGGAGGGGUACUAUAUCGCGAUGGAGUUCGCCGACUUGAGCCUCAAGGAGUGGCGGGAUGCCAACGCGUCCACGGUAGAUGUUGACACGUUGCUGGCCGUGUUCUCCAAGGUGUGUGGCGCGCUAUCCAGAAUUCACCUGGCCUCGGUUGCCCACUUGGACAUCAAGUGCGAGAACGUCCUCGUCCGCAACUCUUCUUUGAACGCUUUGUUUGAUGUUUGCAUCGGAGACUUUGGCGAGUCGUUCCUCGUCCCGUCGUCGGCCACGUUCUUUGACUGUCACUACGCCCGGGGCACCGAAGCGAUUCAAAGCCCGGAAAUGUUGAAUUUCCAGCGCACGAUUACGAUGGCUGCGGACGUGUGGUCAGUGGGAUGUUUACUCUUUGAGCUCGUGACAGGGUCCAUGCUCUUUGCUUCAGAGGAAUGGCCUACCUUGUUCGCGCACUUGACCAAGUCCCAAGCGCCGGUGCUCAUGGAGAAGCACCGGUCGAUGCUCCACGCAUCUAUAGCCGCCAUGAACCCGAACAGAGACGACGCGUCGACGAAAAGGCAAGUCGAAGAAGUGGCCGAGCUGCUGGAGUACAUUCUAGUUCGCGAUCCGCAGCACCGCCCAUCUCUCGACUCAAUUCAACAAAGGCUACACGAUUUCAAGCUGACGGGUUCGACACUGCGCGGUCCUCCAACGCCACCCAAGUCGCAGCUCACUUCCUUCGACGCCAUGGCUCGCCAAGUGCGUUUACUCGAUGCCCACCUCCCUCCCCCAAUGGGCAAGACUCUCCUCUCGCCGCGAUUGUACAUUGGUUGGCAAUCCGAGUGGGAUGGCGAACAUGGGGUCGUCGUCACUCAUACGCCCGUCAGCCGUACAUGCAAAAGCUCCUCCGCAAUUCCCCAUCGCACCAUCAUCGUCACACCUCGCCACUCCCUGCCAUUCGAGGACCAAGAAGAAGCAUAUGCCCACGACCUCCUUCAUCAAGCGCAGGCCAUUUGCGCCAUGCUCUGGGAGCUCUACGUCGCAGAUCGAGUGGUGCUCGUCGAUGUGCCAUCCAAACCAGUCAUGCGGGCCCUCAUGCCAGUGCUGUUUGUCUACCACGUGCUGUUCUUCGGCGCGUCAUGCUUUGAGCUGGUCAAGCAGCUUUGGAAACCGCAUGAAUCGAUUCUCGUCCCUUCCUCGAAGCUGCUCACGACUAUCUUGUGCUGGGAAGAGAAGCGAUGUGUGGAGCAUCGUUCGUGCAACCACUCGUCCAUCUACCAGUGUAUUUGCGGCUCCCAUGCGUAUCAAGUGUCCGAGUCUCUGUCAGACGAGUGCUGUGUCCCGUCCCUCCCAUGUGCGCUGUGCUUACUGUGUCUGCCGCAUUUGAAGAACCUGGAUGUGAUUGCCCCGUUCGCCUCGUUGAAAUGGAUGGACAGCAGUGGUCGAGAGCGCCGGGUGAAUUUAACGCAAUGGGGGCAUUGGGACGCGACGGAGACCCCUUCGGACGAAGUGGCGACCUCGGACGAGCUGUGGCAAGUGUUUCGAUGCACAAUGUGCAAGAUGAUCACUCGCGCAGUUCGAAAAGACGGCGUGUCGAAACGUUUGGCGCUGAUCCGAACCGGACGCGAGUGGAGUGAUUCUCAGCGGCGACUGUUUUCCAACUAGCAAGAGCAAGAAACGAAUAAUUUAUGGAGUGCAAAAGCAUUACAAAAACCAGACAGCUAGAUGUGAAGGUCGCCCGAGGGAGGCAGCCCCGAGACACUGUUUCGUCGCACUGGAGCACUGGAUGACGUCGGUGAUGUCCCGCGAGAGGUCGCGGGACUGGGAGCAGUCGACAUCGAGCCGACGCGCGCGUUGUUCCGAUUCGGAUCAUUCUUGGCCAUGAUGGUUUGAAUUUGGGUAAUGUACUCUUGACAGGGACUAGGUAAUUCGUUCUUCGUGUGGUUCUUCGCGAGGAAGAGGCACUCGGACUUACUGCGGGUGCGUCGGACGCGGCGCACCUCGUCUCCGGUGUCUGCAAAGUCGGAAUCGACCGGGACAAUCGCUGGCCCAACCGGAGUCCGAGCAAUCUCACCAUAUGGAACGGGCGGGGCGCCAGACGGAGAAGCAUCGAUCGACGGGCGUUCAAACGCUGGAUGAGACAUCAUGGCAUUCGGCAUGAGCGUGCUGCUGUCUUCUGAGCGCGACGGGCGCCGCGCCAAGAAGCGGAAGGAGUCCAUCAGCAGCA